AUGGAUUGGAAGGAACUGGCAGCUCAGAAGCUCAGCCUGUCCCGCAGGAAGAAGUCCGAGCCCGGCCCCCCCUCCUCGCCUGCUGAGGCCCCAGGGCCCCUGCUGUACACCGGUGGCUUCAGUGGGGCCCUGCAGCUCUCUCCGCCCGCCAUCCCACCAUGCCUCCUUCGUGUUGGGUCAAAGGUCAAGGACACGCCGAGGAUGGGAAAGGUCAGGGUGAUGGUCCGGAUUUGCUCGGUCUACAGCAGCGAGUCCUCUGAGUCCGCGUCCUUCCUCAAGGUCGACGGCAGAAAGAAGCAGCUCAGUUUGUGCGAGACGCCGGCCGGAGGACGGUCCUCGGCUGGGGGACGGUCCUCGGCCACCGCGCCCAAGACCUUCACCUUCGAUGCCAUCUUCUCCCAGGAUUCCUCACAGGCCGAGGUGUGUUCGGGGACAGUGGCGGAGGUCAUCCAGUCGGUGGUGAACGGAGCGGACGGCUGCAUCUUUUGCUUCGGACAUGCGAACCUGGGUAAGACCUACACCAUGAUUGGUCGGGACUGCUCCACCCAGAGUCUGGGCGUGGCUCCGACGGCCAUCUCCUGGCUCUUUAAGGUGAUGGAGGAGCGGAGGGAAAAGGCUGGAGCUGGUUUCUCUGUCCGAGUGUCGGCUGUGGAGAUCUCCGGCCGGGAGGAGACGCUCACUGACCUCCUGGCAGAACCGUCCUGCUCCUCUGGGGGCCAGCGGGAGGCCCCGGGCCCCGUGGUGUCGCUGAGAGAAGACCCCGUCUGUGGAUCCCAGCUGCAGAACCAGACGGAGCUUCGGGUGAACAAUGCUGAGCGAGCUGCGUUUUUCCUGGACGCCGCCCUGGCAGCGAGGAGGAACACCCGGGCGCCGCACGACCAGGAGGCCCGAAGAAACUCGCACUUCCUGUUCACCCUGCACGUCUACAGGGAGAGGCUGGACAAGAGCAACAAGGCGGCAAUGUCCAGUCGGAGUCGUCUCCACCUCCUGGAUUUGGGGAGCUGUGAGACGGACAUCAGCAGGACCAGAGAGGGGGGCGGAGGUCAGUGUCUGUCCCUGUCUGCACUGGGAAAUGUCAUCCUCGCCCUCGCCAACGGGGCCAAGCACGUUCCCUACAGGGACAGCAAGCUCACCAUGUUGCUGAGCGAAUCCCUGGGCAACAUCAACUGUCGAACCACCAUGAUCGCCCACAUCUCCGACUCCCCGGCCAACUACAUGGAGACACUGACCACGGUGCAGCUGGCCUCCCGCAUCCACCGCAUGAGGAAGAAGUCGUCCAAGUAUGCGUCCAGCUCAUCUGGAGGGGAGAGUUCCUGCGAGGAGGGUCCGCACCACCGAUCCCAGCACCUUCGACCCUUCCACCCUCGGACCGUGGCCCUCGACCCGGACACACCCCUGCUGCUCUCCAGUGAUCCAGACUACUCCUCCAGCAGCGAACACUCCUGCGACACAGUCAUCUAUGUUGGGCCAGGAGGGACGGCCAUCUCAGACCGAGAACUGAGCGACAACGAGGGACCACCCUCCUUUGUUCCUAUCAUCCCCUCCCUGAACAAAAAGCGAGUCAAAGACACACCCCGGUCUGAUGGUGAUCACUUCAAGUGUAACACGUUUGCAGAGUUACAGGAGAGACUCGACUACAUCGAUGGCAGCGAGGGCCCGGCCACAUUUGGCACAGAAGGCAGAGCAGCACAAGCAGCACUUAGGCCUCAGACUGGAGCUACUAAACCUGCAGAGGUGACAUCUCCACCCAAAUCUGAUAAGAACUUCUCUCAAAGGUUCUUAGAAAGCACACCAACCACAAGCACAAAUAAACCCAAUCAGGAACAAUCCAAACUCUGUCCUGAUCUCAAGGACACUUCCAAGCAGACAAGUGCAGAUGGGGAGAAACCUUCAGCCACCCCCUUCCAGCCAACUGUGGUAAAACCUAGUUGGACUUGUUCUCAGGAUACAGAGCCUAUAGUGCGAGAGAAGGUCUACCUCAAAGGAGGUGUACCCAAGCCAUCUGCUUCACCAUCCUUACCUAGGACAUCCAGGGUAGCCUCUCAGCCUGGGGAGGUUGUUUAUAGGACUCCCCCAGUGGGUAUGAGUCAACAAGCACCGGAGCAAGGCCAACCACUGGGGUCACUUAGCAUGGAAAGAGCCCCUCAUACAAGCAGAUGCCCCAUGGAGGCAGAUAAUCUCCGGACAGCUCUGUUAGGAAGUGUCCUUGAGAGGGAUUUUCUGAGGACUACAAUUACACUGCAGCAACCUGUGGAGCUGAACGGGGAGGAUGAACUUGUGUUCACAGUUGUAGAGGAGCUUCCUCAUGGUCUUGUGCCAGACAACGGCCGCCCCUCCAACCUCCUGAGCUUCAACAGUGGCAGCUCUCUGCAGGCCUUAGCCUCUGGCUCUCGUCCUGUUAGCAUCAUCAGCAGUAUUAACGACGAGUAUGAUGCUUACACGUCUCAACAAAGAGCUGUGGGACCUGGGGCUGAUGUCGGCGCCAGCUGCCAGGAAAUGUUUUCCCAACAUGGCAACAAGCAGUCAUCUGUUGGCUCGAGGCCAAGUGAAAUAAGUGCUGAUUCAGCUGACGGUGACGGUGCUCACUCAACCAGCAGGCUUCAUCUGAGGGACAAAAAUAUGGCAGCAGAGAAUGCAUCCACACUGACCUCACCAAGUAUAUUUCAUAGACAGCAAUUUUUGCAGCAUGGCAUCAAGAGCUCCCUGAAUGACAGUGGAGUCGGUUUCUCAGAGCUGGACAGUGACCCCACCACUCCAAAUAAACCUUCUUUUACCAAGUGCCCUCCCUCCCCUGACUCAACCAAAGCCUCUCUCAAGUUGAGAGCCAGUACUCUGAACACCUCACUGUCAGCCCAGAUUCCCCAUCACGCCUCUCAUUCCAGUCUUCCCAGGAAAACAAAGCCUACCUCAUCUGCAGGUGUGGGCUGCAGCAGACAGGAAGGCAGACAUGAUGACUUUUUGCUUCAGAGAAGCAGUCACUUUGAUCCCAGAGAGGUCGAGUUUCUCUCUGAAGGUAAGCCAUCAAGAAGUGGCAUGAGCAGUGCUUCCUCUAAGAGGCCUGGUGGAAACAGUAACAGUGUACCUCGGCUACCAAAGGCACAAGCAUCAUCUUCGGCUCAGAGGGUAGUGGAUGGUUGUGAGAAGUCCAGGAGAACCGAUACUCUCAUCAAACUGCCUCGACUCACCCGAGGGGCAACAACUCUGGGAACUGUUUCUGUCUCCCAGAGUUCUGAAUCAAGGUGGGGCCAUGAGACCGCUUCAGUGACAGGUACCCUGAGGUUUGCUUCCUUGGGAAAAAAGACAAAUGGACAGAAAAGCAGCAUUAUUUCCAGGUCUGGAUCUGAAAACAUCUCUCCUCCUGCUCCACCAGUCAGACAGUCAAGCCAAGAACAAAAGACAAGGACUGUGCCGUUUCCAAGUGCCUUUAAAACAAGCAGUGACAUUGGAAAGUCCUCAUUCCCUAAAACAUCAACUUCAGUGGAAGAAUUCUACGUCAGGCUCCGGGCAGAUUCAUUCAGCCACAGGACAUCUAGUCUAAAAACUGAGCAUGGCUCUGCCAGGACAUCAUCAAGCCUGAAGACACAAGGGGCCAAAGCAGAUUCUUCGAGGUACUAUGGGAGUCUGAUGUCUCUGGAGAGAUGCGACAGUCAAACUUUCGCUGGAUCCAAGCAGGAAGUGUUCAAGGAUACCAGUGGUGCUACUUUAGGAGGUAACAGCAGAUCCAACAGAUCAGUGCCAAGACUCGGAGUCCCAGCCUCUACUUCCACAUCUGCUUCUUCCUCCCAAGCUUCUCCAGGUGUCUUUCUAACUGCAAGCAAACUCGGCCAGGUCCGCGGCAGCAGCAGCUCACGAACAGCAGUUUCUGGAGGAUCGAAGGCUCGAACACUGUCAUCUAGCAGUUCCAAGAGCCUGAGCUCCUCCCCAAAACCUCUUGAUAAUACAGCUGGACGCAAUGCCAGCCUACCUCUAACUGAUAAGUCCCCUGCUCGCACUGGGACAGGUGCCAAGACAGGAAGAGGCACUGUAAUGGGCACGAAGCAGGCCAUCAACAGGGCGGCUAACAGCAGGGUUAGUGAGUUAGCUUCUGGGAGCCCAAGGAAGAAGCUCAGCAGGGGGCCUGGACUGACUGGAAGCGAUGGCACUGACAGUGGGACUAGUAGUGUCAGCGGUUCACCAGUCAACACUCCUUUACCAUCACCUUACAGCAAGAUCACCGCACCUCGGAGGCCGCAGCGCUAUAGCAGUGGGCACGGUAGCGACAACAGCAGCAUCCUCAGUGGGGAGCUGCCCCCCGCCAUGGGCCGCACCGCCCUGUUUUACCACAGCGGGGGGAGCAGCGGCUAUGAGAGUAUGAUCCGAGACAGUGAAACCACCGGCAGCACUUCUUCAACCCAUGACUCCAUGAGUGAGAGUGGAGGGUCCUCGUCCAACCGGAGCAGAGUCUCCAAAUCGCCCAAGAAGAGGGGAAAUGGUUUCCUGCGGCGGCGUCUGAUCCCGGCUCCCCUGCCCGACUCCUGCUCUCUGGGCAGGAAGGUGGGGGGUCAGUGGGUGGACCUGCCCCCGCUGGGCGGCACCCUGAAGGAGCCCUUUGAGAUAAAGGUGUACGAGAUCGACGACGUGGAGCGGCUGCAGAGGAGGAAGGAGGCGGCGACAGGGUCAGAGCAGCCGUUCCAUGAUGUUGAAAAGGGUCUGCUCUACUUUAACGCCCGGCUGAAGAUGCUGGAGAAGCGGCAGCAGCAGAUCAGAGAGCUGAGGAGCAAACACGAGAGGCUGAAGGUGGAGCUGGAGGAGGCCAAGAGCCGGCUGAUGCUCCACCCGAAUAAAUGGAGCGGAGAGUUCGACGUGGACCAGGACCUGGACCGGGAGUCCCAGGAGUACCUGGAGGCUCUGUCUCAGGCCACGGCGGAGCUGGAGUACUGCGUCAACCUCUGCAAGUCCCGCGUCAUGAUGGAGACCUGCUUCGACAUCGCCGUGACAGCAGCUGCUGCCGCACAGGGAGGACAGCAGGAGGUGGAGGUGUGAGAGGACAGUCGGCCGUGGAUGAGUUACGAGAGCUGGACACUGCACCACUGCUGUCAGCCUGCCCUUGUGG